AUGGGUGAGGAGAGAGCGAGGGGGGGCGGAGCCGAGCCGGUCCAGCAGCUUCAGGUGAAACAGAGCAGAGCCGAGCCCGGACCGUCUCCUCAGGACCGUCUCCUUAGGACCGUCUCCUCCGGACAGUCUGAGAUGGUGCAGACGGCGUCCUCUGGUCCUCCUUCAGACCUGCUCUGUCUGCUGAAACAGACUCAGCUCGCCCUAAGCCUGUCUGAAAGAGGGGACAAGUCUUACCACAGGUCCAGCUCAAAGAGGUCCCGGCUGCUGGAAGACGGUGGCUCCAUCCACGUUAGAGGCUCCAGGAGAGCAGCUGGUGGUGCUAACGGGACGUCCUCCUCCAGAAUGAGACGCCUCCCUGCGUCCAUCCCAGAGGGCCGAGUCCUGGACCAACACGCCACGUCAACACGGAGCAGUGUGCAGUCAGCUUCAUCCAGGAACCAUCCCCAUGGACACCAUCACCAUGGACACCAUCACCAUGGACACCAUCACCAUGGUCCCCACCAUCAUCAUCACCAUGGAAGAGACCAGGUUGUAGUCCUCGCCAAACCGAAGUACAAACGGAGUGAUUACUGGCGGUUGCGAGCGAUCAUGGAGGUUCCGUGCGACGAGGCGUUCAGGCGCGCUCAGCGGCGUAAGAGAAAGGAGCUGCUGAGUCAUUCUGCUGCCAAUGGGUUCCUCCCCUCUCAUGCGUUGUCGAGCAGCCCGUACGCCGCCUGUACGGCAGGAAGUGACUCUGAGUAUUCAGCCGAAUGUGCGUCGCUCUUUCAUUCCACCAUCGUGGACACCAGCGAGGACGAGCGGUCCAACUACACCACCAACCGCUUUGGAGACAGCGAGUCCAGCGAGGACGAGUACGUGGAGGAGAGCACCACCACCAGUGAUACAGAGGAGAGUGGAGGGGGUGGGGCUGGGGGCGGGGCAGGUGGAACAGGAAGGGGGUGGGGCCAGUCUGAGGCAGCAGGGGCCCCGGUGACUGGGAAGGCAAUGACCGCAGCUCAGGCGAAGGCCUUCAUCAAGAUCAAGGCCUCCCACAACCUGAAGAAGAGAUUCCUCCGGUUCAGGUCGGGUUCUCUCAAACUCAUGACCACAGUGUGAGUCAGCAGGUCCAGAGCCCCGCCCCCAUACCUGCUGAGGUGUCUUACCUCUGCACUCUCAAUGUACCGGAAACGAGCCCAACUGUGACCCACACCUGAGGGAGGAGCAGACAGACCUGUGGUUGGACCGGAGCUCAUCCACCUUCGUACCCGCAUGUGUGACCAAUAAGAGUGGACUGUUACCCUAACUGGUCAGGUACACCCGGGUACACAGAGAACCUGCACAGAAAACCGGUCCAUCAGAGGGACCUGGUGUGGUCCUCUAUGUGCACCUGAGGUGUGGCCCACAGCUCUGUGGUUCUGGACAGCCUUAAAGGUUCUGGAGGUUCAAAUGGUGGAUUUAUGAUUUGGUCCCUGAACCGCUCGUAGAGACAAACCCGCUCAGGGUCGCUCCAGCAGAGCGCUGACCUCACUGAACAGUCCGGACUAACGCAGCAUCAGAUGCAGAGCUUAUGAUGAGCCAAUCAAAUUGGCGUCCUCCAUCAGGGCCUCACCUGUACCUGCGGUCUGCUUCAGAGCAGGAUCUCGCAGCUCAACGGGUCUGAUCGGGACAAGCGAUCGAACAGCCAAUCAGACGGACUGUGUACAAACGUCGGCCACUUCCUGCGUGUUGAAGCUCGGAGGGUCGACUCAUUUUGGUUUCUUCAGGUCUGAUGCUGAACUGGACCUCCAGUUAGUCUAGGUCCAGGCUGACUUUGUGGUCUGAGACCUUCCAGCUUCAGAUCACGGAGCACUUUAGUCUCCUCAAAGACUUUAAAGAGGUCUAGACCAUCAGACCUUUACUCUGAAGCACUCUGCGAUGUCUCUGCUGGACUGUGUUCUCCAGGUGGUUCCUCAGGUGUCUGAUGAUGUCUCUGGACCUCUCCUGAUGGUCUAGUUGAAGGUCUUGUGGAUGGUCCUGGUGAGGGUUGUGGGUUCUGCAGGGUUCAGGUUGAGUCUUGCUUCAGUCCUCUCUGUAUUUGCUGCACUUUGAGACGGACUGCGAUGCGUCUGUGUUUCGUAGCCUUAUUUUGUAUUUAUGACCUUUGACCUUUGACCUUUGGUUGUAGGGCGCACACCACAUGCUGUGUUUUUAUUGGUCGGUAGAGUGACGGUGCUAUGUUUGAUGAAAGCUAUUUAACGCUAAUAUAUUUGCUUGGUAUAUAUUGGAUCUUCACACGGUGCGGACUGACGGCAACACACGGACUUGUACUGUCACCACUGUUGCCACGGUAACAGUACCACACAGGCCUGUCUGCUGGAUCAGGACUAAAGUCCGGUCUGAAGCUGGGUCCGCUGUUUCAAACUUCAGAGAAACUUUCAGAUCUCACGUUUCUGUCUCAAUCUCUAAAACUUAGCUUAGGUUAGCUUAGCUUAGCUUAGCACAAAGACUGUGAGCAGAAGGGACCGGGACUGUUAGCCUGUAUGCCUUAUAGAGGAAUCUGUCAGGUGUUUACAUGCUAACCACAUAAACUCUGUUAAGGUGGCUAAAGCAGUUAGCAUGUAGCAUUAAAAGUAUGGGGCGGGGUUAGAAGCAGUGAAUCUGGGGGCGGGGUCAGAAGCAGUGAAUCUAGGGGCGGGGUUAGAAGCAGGGGGCGGGGUUACAAGCAGGGAGCGGGGUCAGAAGCAGGGGGCGGGGUUAAAAGCAAAGGGCGGUGUUAGAAGCAGGGCGCGAGUCAGACGUCUCUGAAUGUAAUUAAUAAAAAGUGCACUUAGAUUAGCGUUAGCCUGUUAGCUUCUAGAACUUAUUGCUGAUAAUAAAGAGUGUCAGCAGGUCUGCUGCUGGUCUUUGUGCUAAGCUAAGUCAUCUGGAUACAGUGGAUCUGUUUCAUCUGAUCGCUCAGGUGUGAACAGCUCGUCACAGAAACCAGCUCUCCUCACCUUUCACCUUCUCUUAGAUUCAAACCUUCAAAACCUCCUCCUGAGGGUCCUGUAGGUGAUGUGAUAUACACCUGUACACCUGUGUACCUGUGUACCUGGGUACCUGUGUACCUGUGUACCUGGGUACCUGAGUACCUGGGUACCUGUGUACCAGUGUACCUGGGUACCUGAGUACCUGGGUACCUGUGUACCUGUGUACCUGGGUACCUGUGUACCUGUGUACCUGUGUACCUGUGUACCUGUACACCUGUGUACCUGAGUAGUGUGUAAAAAGUUCUGUGUUUGCUGAAACCUUUUUACGCUUUAAUAAACGUGGACUUGAACUCUA